AUGCCGUGCGGGUGCUUCGGGAAGAAGAAAAAGGCUGCCGAGGAGGAAGAGAAAUACCGGCAGCGCGACUCCAAGUCUCGUGAACGUGAGCCCCCUUCCCCCACGCCCGCGCCUGUACCGGCCCCGACUGUCGUUCCGGCGGCGCCCUUAGCAGCGGCGCCCACACCUGAGGGAGAUGCCCGGCUGCGACCGGAAGAUGAUCCUGACAAGACGAGCCGACGACGAGACGUCGUAGCGUCCUUCUACAAUGAUCAGUGUGAGCUCAUCGGCUUUAAAGCCACUGGGUCUCGACCGCCAUCGGCCUAUGUGGGCGGUGCCCACCACGAUGGUUCGUCCUCCGUGUCCUCGAGUGGUUCGCCUGGUUCCUUGCGACCAGGGGCGUCAUGUCGUGCCGAUUUAGCAGAGAAACGCCGGGAAUUCUUCAAGCAACUUACCAUAGAGAGCGAGGACGGCUCACGUCCAGGGACGCGACCGAACUCCCGAGCAACGAAUUCAUUAACUAGAUCUCGGGACUCCAACCAUGAGGACAAAAUGUCAGUUAUUCAGAUCGCCAAAUCGUCACUGCGUCCCGUCAAACAGUCCCCGCAAUCCCAGGACACGAAGUUGCCAUAUAGGCCUCAUUUUGCAUCGGAAGAGGAGGAACGUGGCAUGCAGUAUCGAGUGGCGAGGGAACUGAUGUUGAAAGAUAUCAGACAGCAGGCUUUUACGCUGAGACCCUCGACAGAGAAGGUGCAGUUCAAGAAUAUGCUUCCUGAAAAGGAGCCCGAGGAAUCUGAUUUUAUCAGCAACGGGGAAGCAGAUGCAACUCCACUUAUUAUCGAAACGAAACACACAGAGUCGUCAGAAAAAGCUCCUCCGAAAAAGCUUACGGAACAAGCAGGUUCGGAACGUAUUCAAAGUCACACACAACCAAAGUUGGAUCUGUCCGCCAUUAAAACUUCAGCUAAACAACGCGAACAGAUUGAUCCAGAGAUUUCAGAUCUACUCGAAAAUUUGUCUGGCCAGGAAAUUUCUGAACUCUUAGUUGAUUUGUCUAAACCAGAAAUGGAUUUGCUUCCUGAGGAUUCGUCCAAACCGCAGUGCCCUCAAAGCCAGCAGGCAAAUUCAUCUAAUCAGGUACUGGGUAAUCUUGCCAUGGAUGUACGUGUAUCAGGAAGUGAAUCAGGAAUUGUUAUGCAAAAGUCAGCAGGCGAAUUGCCAGAUAAUGUCCAAAUAUGCACUGGUAAUGGGAACAUACAGACACUGUCCAGUCAGCCUAUCUCCCCUUUCAGUAUUGAAACUUCAGCCACAGAAGUUUCUGUAACAGAAGUAAAGCAGGAACCUGUUGUUCUGUCUGCAACAGGACCUUCUCCUGUUGAGCAACAAGAUAUGCAAAUUCCUUCAGUUGUAGAAGUUAAACAAGAAACCGUGCAGAUAUCUGGAACGAAAUCUAUUGUGGAGGUUCUGGAUGAUCUUCAGCUGCCUGCAACAGGAAAUUCUGUUAUUAAAGUCACACAAGAAGCUGUUAUAUUGCCUGCAUCAGAACCUACUUUGGUAUUUGAAGUUAAACAUGAAGGUAUUGAGUUGCCUGCAGAGCAGCCCCCUUGUGCAGAUGACAAACGCGAAGCUGUUCACAUGCUUGCAACAGACCCUAUUUCUGUGUUAGAUGUUAAACAAGAAGUUGUUCAAUUACCUGCAUCGGCUUCCCAAGAAAAUCCACCUAUGCCUUCUGCUGAACUCCCCCAGGAAACUACUCGUGGUGUUUUAGAAGCUACGCAUGAAUUCCAGCAAGAAAGGGCUGCAGAUUCAGUGCACCGACAAGAAAACAUGACAGAAAUCGCCUAUCCUUCACCCGAGAACCAGAAGCCGGAAGGCAUUGGGGACUCAAAUAAUACGAUGUUACCUCCUUCAGUCGACCCGUCGUUCCUGAGGACUGAAGAGGAACCAGAGGAGCUCCUUUUGCAACAGUUUUUACAUCAGCCCCCGCCACGUCCUACAGAAGAACCGGCGCCUUCGCUACCUGAACCCGGCGUAGAUCCAUUUUCAAAUGUACCAGCCUCACAGCCAACGAUUACCAGACACUCGCCUGACGAACACGAAUCUUUGCCACCCGCACCGCCGACCCCGCCGUCGGGACCUGAACCUACCCCACCGACGCAGCUCUUGUCCUUCGAAGGAAACGAACAAACGCACGAAGUUCAAGUCGUUGCUCCAGUCACGCUUUCCAUGAUGGAGGAACCUCUUCUCAUUCUGGACGAACCUCUGCCUCCCGCCCCUCCCACGCCACCUCUAGAGAGUGAACCUUUGCCUCCCGCCCCGCCCACCCCGCCCAUGUCGUCCUCGCCGAGCAGGUCCCCAGUAACGUGUGCGACGGACGUGGCUGCUGCUGCUACUGCGGGAGGCGAUGCUUCAGGUCCUGCGAAGGACGGCGGGCAGGUCUCCGCGGAGAGACUCGGCGAAGAUUGCAAUACCGAACGAGCGGCAGCUUCUUCGUAG